AUAACUGCCAUGGCAGAUUUUGAACAUUCUGGUAAUGGCAUACCAUCUUCUAGUGUCACAAUUACAUUAGGAUCUACUACUUCUGUUUUAUUUUUGACCCCUGUUAAUGUAAAGGAACAGCAAAAUGCCACAACACCAACUGAAACGGAAAAUCCUGCAAUGGGAAUUACUGUUACCACAGAAAGUAAUGUGGAUAUGGCAAUAUUACAUCCUGCUGUGAUAAUUGGAGUUCCUGCAGUGUUGCUCCUAAUCCUCUUGAUUCUCCUGGUCAUCUUUAUUAUAAGAUGUCGCAAUCAGAAGCAAAGCCAACAAGAUGAGCUAGGAAGUGAAAAUGGUAAAAGUCCUAUUUUUGAAGAGGACACACCCUCUGUAAUGGAAAUUGAGAUGGAAGAACUGGAUAAAUGGAUGAAUAGCUUAAAAAGAAAUGAAGAAUGUGAUUAUCUGCCUCCUGUAAAAGAAGAGAAAGACUGUAACACCAACCCAAGUGAUUGCGAACCUUGAGAUAAAGAAGGAAUUGUGUGAAAUAAAGGAAGAAGAGCAGAAGUAAUAUUAUUGCUGAGUU